AUGGCUCAUUGCGAGCAGCGAUCUGCGGAACGGUCGAGUGGAAAGAAGGUCCAACUGUUUGAGAUGAUGCGUUGGAUAUCGCAGCCUAUGUUUGCACCUUCGAAGAAGCUGUGGACCAGGUUACAACACGAGGAUGCACGGGUCUACUGCGACCGCAGUCGGUGUGAGAGUCAAACUCUGUCCCUUGAUGCCGAUCUUGAUUUCUUCAACCCCGUGAAUCUCGAUCGGUUUGUGCAGAUGUACUGGGAACGAUGGCACUUCAGUGGCCCAACUGUUCACAAGGCCACCUUUGACAUCAACGUGGCCGGCACCAAAACGAUCUUCGCCUUCACACUGACGCGCGCCUUCAUGUCAAAUGAAGAAGCCGACGUGGCAGGAGCAAGAAGCUGGCUAGACGUCGCGGAAGAGUUGAUCUUCCAACGUCCGUUACUGUCGGAGCAUCCAGAGGCUCCUGACUUCCAGGGCGGAGUCAUGUCGUUGCGUGACCGACUAGACUUGAUACGGGCUGCUCUACUGAUAUGUGUCCUUCAGCAUUGGGAAGGCUCAGAAGCGUCACGAAAGCGGAUCCGGCGGUCACGCCUCUCAUCGAUCAUCUUUGCUACAAGAGAGAUCGGCUCCGGAGAAGCGAGGCACCCGAGUGAUCUCAAUCUCGCACUGAGGCACGUGGACUGGGAGGAAUUCAUUCUGAAGCAGGAGUUGAUCAGAACACAGACACCCAUCUUUCUUCUCGAUGCCGAAUUCAUGCUCUUUCAUAACGUGCCGCCACGAACUGGGAUUGCGGAGCUGAACUUCCCCUUCACCUGCACAGUCUUGUGCUUCGAGGCUACGAAUCCGGACGAGUUGUGGGCUGCGACGGAUCUCGAUUCGGGAUGCUACUGA